GAAAGAAAAGAGGAGGGGUGCUUAAGAGAAGAGUGUAAUAGGAAACCAGUCCACCCAUCUCACUCUCACUCUCUCUCUCUUUACCUCUCUCAACCUCUCACUUCCCUGUCCCGCUGUCAGCUGGAUGGAAUAACACCUCUCUCUACUCUCACUGUGGAAGUUAACACUGUAUUUGUACGUCUCUGGCUACGGUACCGAUCCGCUCUCUCAGGACUGAUCCUGGUCUGUGAAGACAGCAUAGGACGCCUCAGAAGGUUUGAGAGUCUUGGCUGGUUCGACUGGUUUUGGGCACUUGUCUAGCUGGAAAACGUACCACUUUAAUCUGUGAACCGAAUUCCACAGAUAGCCGUUAAACAUUUAAAGAGGUGGGCUGCCCUGAGUUGACCCUCAGCAGUCAUGGGGAGGUCAAGAGCGAUGUGGGUUCGGCCGCUGGGGAAGGCCGUGCAGUUGUUCUCUACCCUCCUCCUGUUUGUUACCUGCAUCUAUGGUCUUUCUCCACCACAGCCGCGAGUCUUCUUGACAUUUCAAGAACUACAGAAAACCCAGUCCUUUGAGCACUACACUUUGUCCGAGAAGCCCAUGGACUACAGGAUUCUUUUCAUGGAUGAAGAUCAAGACCGGAUGCACGUGGGCUGUAAGGAUCAUCUACUCUCAAUGGAUAUCAACAACAUUACCCACGGCACGUUGAAGAUCUUCUGGCCAGCGUCCACCAGUAAGGUCGAGGAAUGUCAGAUGGCUGGCAAAGACCCCACACACGGCUGUGGAAACUUCUUACGAGUAAUCCAGCCCUAUAACAGAACGCAUCUGUUCAUCUGCGGCAGUGGAGCCUACAGUCCCGUGUGUGCAUAUGCUAACCGUGGCAGACGUCCUGAGGAGCAAGUAUUUCACAUCUCUUCACGAGCCGAAUCAGGCAAAGGAAGGUGUUCAUUCAACCCACAAGUCAACACUGUUUCAGUCAUGCUGAACCAAGAGUUGUUCUCUGGAAUGUACAUUGACUUCAUGGGGACUGAUGCGGCCAUCUUUAGAAGUCUGACCACCAGAAAUGCAGUGAGGACGGACCAACAUAACUCCAAGUGGCUGAGUGAGCCGGUGUUUAUUGAUGCCCACUUGAUUCCUGACGGCUUGGACCCGAACGACGCCAAGCUUUACUUCUUCCUGCGUGAGAGACUGACUGACAGCAGUGGAAACACUAAAAACAUCCACACCAUGGUGGCCCGGGUGUGUCCAAAUGAUAUGGGUGGACAACGCAGUCUGGUAAACAAGUGGACCACAUUCUUGAAGGCUCGCAUGGUGUGUUCAGUUCUGGAAGAGGAUGGUACCGAGACCCAUUUUGAUGAGCUUGAGAAUGUGUUUCUUUUGGAGACGGACAACCCAAAAGGCCUGCUCGUCUUUGGAGUCUUCACCUCCACAAGUUCUGUAUUUCGAGGCUCGGCUGUUUGUGUGUACAACAUGGCCGACAUCCUGACGGUUUUCAAUGGACCGUUUGCGCACAGAGAAGGGCCCAACUUCCAAUGGGUGGCUUUCCAGGGCCGGAUCCCGUACCCACGACCGGGAACUUGUCCCGGUGGCGCGUUCACGCCUCACGUCCAGAGUACUAAAGAGUUUCCAGAUGAUGUCGUGACAUUCGUGAGGAAUCAUCCGGUCAUGUUUAACCCCAUUUACCCGGUCGGCAGGAAGCCCUUGGUGGUGCGGACGCAUGCAGAUUACAAGUACACCUCCAUAGCUGUGGACCAGGUCCUGGCUGCGGAUGGCCACUACCAGGUCCUCUUUCUGGGCACAGAUAAAGGCACAGUGCAGAAGUUGGUGGUUCUGCCGUCAAAAGGCUCUCUGGAUGAGGAUCUGAUCCUGGAGGAGCUGGAAGUGUUUAAGAAGCAGUCUCCCAUCACCAACCUAAGAAUCUCUUCUAAAAAGCAACAGCUUUACGCUAGCUCUGAGCACGGGGUAUCCCAGGUGUCUUUGCACCGCUGUAACGCGUACGGCUCUGCCUGUGCUGACUGCUGUUUAGCGCGGGACCCAUACUGUGCUUGGGACGGAAUCAGCUGUUCCCGAUUCUACCCCACUGGCAAGAGGAGAAGCAGAAGGCAGGACAUUAUGCAAGGAAAUCCACUGACGCAGUGCAGAGGCUUUAAUCUGAAAGCCUACAGGAAUGCAGUGGAGAUGACCCAGUAUGGAGUUAAAAACAACACCACGUUCCUGGAGUGUCAACCCAAAUCUCCUCAGGCGUCAGUUAAAUGGCUCAUUCAGAGAGAUAAUGAUCGGAGGAAAGAGGUGAGGCUGACCGAUCGAGUGGUGUCCACCAACCACGGUCUGCUCAUCCGCUCCGUACAGUCUUCGGAUCGCGGUCUGUACUACUGUCUGGCCACUGAGAACGGUUUUAAACGCACGCUGGCAAAGAUCCAUCUGCAGGUGCUGAGCGAGGCUCUGGUCAGCGCUUUGAGCGACAAACGGCAGUCUCCCUGGGGCUGGGCGGCCGCGUUGCAUCCGAAAGCCCUGGUUAAUGCCUUCAGCCCAGCUGAGACGUUAGCCAUGCAACAGUACUGCAAAGAACGCAAACAGCUGCAGAGUAUACAGAACCUACAGAGCCCCACGAGAGGUGAUCUGGGAAAACUCAAACCGCUGCUGGAUCAUAGGAAGAGCAGGAACCGUCGAAACCAUUUAGUGGAGCAGUAGAUAGGCGGAGGUUUGUAAAAAAGACUUGGAGAUGAAGGGAAGAAAGCAUCAAGGAUAAAAAGGUACAAAGACAUUUAAGAAGGAGGAGAACGGGAGGUAAUCGAUGGAGAAGAUAUGAACCUUCUCUUGUGCUUCCUGUACAAAGGUCUUACGUGCAUGUGUCAUGUUUCAUGCUGCACUAUACAAGAGCUCAAAACGUCAUAAGGUAGUAUUGUUAUUUAGGUUGAACUUUUCCAGAACAAACCAGAAAAUAUUGCAAGUCCAAAUUAAGUUUAAGUGGAGAUCCUGUGAAAUGAGCGUUUUUUUGUCCUGCGUUUACAUUUUUUUCGUAAUAGGAAGUUAAAAUGAAACAAGUUUGUCACUGUGCAGUCGAUAAUCUUCCGGAAGAGCCAUUGUUAGGACUGUUUAUUGGAUGAAACACAAGCGUCAUCAGUAAAGUUUUCCAGAGAGAAAGAGUGUACAUUUAAAGGAAUAGUUCACCUUCAAUAUGAAAAUGCUGUCAUCAUUUCUGACUUAUGCAAAACACAAAAGAAGAUAUUUUGAAAAAUGUUGGAAACCAAAAACCGUUGGUCCUUGUUGACUUCUAUUGUAUGGACACAAAACCACGUUUUGGGGACCAACGUUUUUUUUUGUUACCAACAUUUUUCUAAAUAUCUUCUUUUGUGUUCCGCAGAAGAAAGAAAGUCAAAAGGGUCUGAAAUGACAAGAGGGCGUGUAAAUAAUGACAUCAUUUUCAUUUUGAAGGUGAACUUUUAUUUUAAGCGUGUGUAUCUGCUUAAAAUUACAAACACUUUAAAUGUGCAUUACAUAUGUGCAUCCACAUUAAAAGAUGAAACGAACUCAAUAGCAUUGAACCUUUAGUAUCACAAAGGAAAUUAUAAGGACAGAGAAAAAUGUUAUAUCAAUCCAAGCUUGAACUGAGGUCUGUUUACGGCACAUUUACCAGUAAACGUAAUAAAAAUCUUCAAUAAGUUUAACUGAACUACAGGGCUCUACAUUAAAUAUCAUUUGUAUUGCUCAUACUUUUAAUAUCGAUCAAUGGGAAUUCACCAUUGAAAUACAGGAAGAACUUGUUUUGUUACAAAUGGUUUGUUAUGGCCACUGACGGACCUAUGAGAAUAUACUGUAUCUUGGAAAUGAAAACGACACGCAUACCAAAGUACGUCAGCCCAGCUGGACCGCAGAUGUUAAUACAGGCCAGAAUACGAGGAGGAGUUAUACAGUACAUUAACUGUACCGUAUCUGACAGGUGGCUCACUUAGCCCAGUCUACAGAUCCUAUUGUUGUGCUUUGGGAAACUUAAUUCAAACUAGGUAGGCUCUUUAUUCAAAUGUGUAUAUUUAAAAUGUGUACAUGUGAAUAUUUUAUAUAGCAAAGUUUGGGAUGGUACACUGAACUAGAAUGGAUCGGAUUGGUCUAGCCACCUUCACUACAGAGGCACACACUAUCAGAAUAGUUCACCCAGCAUUCAAAUUCUUUCAUCAUUUACUCGCCCUGUUCCAACCCUAUACAGCCUUUUCUUCUGUGGAAAACUAAAGACGCUGAAUGCGCUUUAUACAAUGACAAGUGUACACUGUAGUGUGUAUCGCAGUCUUUAUACUCAUACCAUUGUUAAAAAAUAAGUGUAUUCACACAGAGAGUAUAGUUGUCAACGUUGCAUUUACAUUUGUAAUUAGAUCAAAAAGAUUGAUAGGGCCAAUAACCCAAAUUGGGCUAAUUUUGUGUAUUAAUGAGGUUGAUGCGAUUAUUGACGAAUAAAAAGAUGAUAUUUGGAAAGCGCUAUUCCCAUUGACUUCCAUUGAAUGGACACAAAACCACUAAGACAUUUCUCAAAAUAUUUUCUUUUGUGUUACACAGAAGAAAGAGUCAUAUACAGGUUUGAACAACAUGAGGGUGAAUAAAUGAUGACAAAAUUUGUAUUUUUGGGUGAACCGUCCCUUCGAGUCACGUUAAACGUUACUGCUUGACAUUUCCCCGAGACGCAAAGGUUUCUAAAACUGCAUAAAUAUGAAUAGGGGUGUUUUACACUUGGUGUUGGAGUUGCAAAGUUAUUUCAUUAAAACCCAGAGUGUAAAGCAGCGCUAACCCCAUUUCAAGAUUACAAGUGUGAAACGUUUCCUUACCAAAUGUUAAGUGGGAUUUAAAAUAAAAGAAUCCAGGUUAGUUUCAGUGUGAGAAACCCUCAUUUCUACAUUUCAGCCCAAUGAAGCAUGUGGUUGUGCACAUUGUUUUGUUGUUUUAAAGGCACGUGUUUUUGUGAAUGUUGUGUUUUUAUGUUUUGGUUUGCUCAGAGUGCACAGCUGUAAUGUGACCGUCGCACAUUAGCUGAUGCUUGUAGAAAUGUUUCAGAUUGUACAUGUUUUGAUGUUUGUGUAACUUAUGUGUUUUUGUAUUUCGAGUGCUUGUGUUUUUAAAACACGAGUCGGUUUGUAAAUAGUUUCAAAGUUCUGUUUCAGCUCAAAACUUGAUAUUCAGUUCACGCUUUUCUGUAUGAUUCUUAAAGUACAUUUAAUGCCUGAAUCGAAGUUUUAUGCCAAAAACAGAUGGUUUUGACUGCUGCUGCAUUUUGCAGAGAUACAAGUUUCCCGUUUUUAGAUUUCCUCUCUCCAAAAUGCUGUAAAAUGUUGUUUUAUUAUUAUACUAUAGCAAAUAUGAAGCUGUAUUCCAUGUGAAUGUUAAUGAUACUUUGAUCAAACGUCGUUAUUUGUGUAUUCCUAUUUAUUAAUGAUAUAAGCCUGAGCAACUGCAUUAAAACAUUUUCAACCUGA